CGGAAGUUGCACCAGGCCUAAGCCGGCCUUGAACGCGCUGAGAACGUCGUCAGGGAAGCGCAGCGGGCGGUUUCUCCAGGGAAGAUUGACCCGGCGUGGCUUUCGCGGGCUAAGCGUGGAGACCCAAGAAGGUGAGCUGAGCCCUUAAAUCGUGCCCGGGUUACAGGUUUCCCUGUGCGGGGGGGAGGGAGCCCUCGUUUUGCUAGUCCCAGUUUUCGCCAGGUUGCUGCGUGCUCUGGCGUCACUACGAGUAACGGCGUGUUCUAUAUGUAAGUUGCCUGCGGUGCUCCAAGGGUAGAGAACCGGACUUGGUGCGUGCUGGAACACGUGUAUGCAGGUAGCUUUGGGCAUACGCAGCUAGGACGGGGAAGGAGUUUUCACCAGCAUCAGUGUUCCAAGAUGAUGCCCUGCAGCUCUGUCCGACGGCUACUUCCAGAAGUUUCUAAGACUAGCUGGGGUCUUGGAGUUGUAACUCCAUGCACCAUCAGGUGGGUGCAAACUCACCUCCCCUUUCUUUCCUUAUGGAAGCCAGGUGUUGGUUGUUAUUAGACAGCGUGGAUCUUAAGGCAGGGGUCUCCAACCUUGGCAACUUUUUGUGGAUUCCAGCUUUGCUGGCUGAGGAAUUCUGGGAAUUGAAGUCGAUAAGUCUUAAAGUUGCUAAGAUUGGAGACCCCUGUCUUAAGGGAGAGCCUGGAAUUCCCCGAAAGUAAACUCAGUUGAACUCCAUAGGAUUGAUUUCUGCACACCUGCUUUAUACAUGAGACGGAAUUCCACUGUUUUGCCAAUUCCACCAUUGAUAUGCAGUGUAUUUUUAAACAGCAACAUUAUUCUGGUUAUGGUAAACGUCUAUGGAGAUUCUCAAUCAUCCAGGUCAUGGUUGUCUCAAAGGUGCUUUUUCAAAAGGCAGCUAGACAGGUCUUUGUUUUUCCUGGAAGACAUUUCGCUUUUCGUCAGUAAAAAGUUAGCACUCACCCCUCUCCUAGAAAAAUGAAAUAUUUUGGAAAAUACAACACAAUAGGGCUCAUCUAGCAACAGAAACUCACCACAUGGCAAGGCUCAAGCAAGCUUGAGAGACAACCUACAAAGUUAGCUAAGACCCCUAGACCACCUGGGAGUUUGACAACCAAUCAGGGUACAUUUCUUAUACAGGAACAGGAAACACCAAGGUGGGGCCCCACAGAGAGUAUAAACUCAAGCACUCAGCAUCUUGUUCUCUUCUCUUCUCCUUUCUUCUCUGGUUCUUCACCCAACACCUUGAAACAUGUGAUCACCUUUUCUGUUCAGGAACUCAAGCCAUGUGAUUCCUGUCCACCAUUAAACCAUCUUUCCAAGCAGUCUCCAUAUUUCCAGUGUCUUUUUCCCCACUUGGAACUGAACCCAGAUGGACAUUUCUUCCAACACAUCCAAGAAGCUUCAUCAGUUCUAACUGGAUGGUGGUGGGAUUGGAUUGGAUUGGAUUGGAAGGAUUAGUUCUGUCGGAAAGAUCUGUCAGCAUCUGUCAGCUAAUCCUUUCAUCCUCUCAGCAUAUCCAGUCAGAACUGAUGAAGCUUCUUGGAUGAGAAGCAAAACAUCUUAAAAGGAAAAAUAAAGUCCGGUUGCCUUUUUAAAAAGCACCUUUUGAGACUAUCCUGGUUAAAAUAUUUUUAAAUUAUAUAUAGUAAUUAUAGUGACCUUGCACCAGACAUUUCCAGAGAAAUGUCUAGUUAUAAGUGAAACUUGGGAGACUUCAAUUUAAAAAAAUGAUUAUUACGGACCUCUGUUACAUGGUGCAUAGACAUGUUGAAGAAUACCUUCGCCCCCUGCUUUGUUUUUAGCAUAUGACUGGUAUGCGUUGUUUUUAUGAUACUUAAUCAUGAUAUUAGCACUUAUUUUUGUUCAAUUCUAUAUCCUUUAGUUUGGAACACUUUAUUAAGGGUACAACAUUUUCUAAAGGCAAUUUCACCACUGCAUAUUUAAUACAUGUUUCUUGGAUAUAAUGAGGAAAGACAUCGUAUUGCUUCAGUAAUGGUCAGACAAUGCUUUUAAGUGAUUAAGUGGUAAAUGCUGUAGUACAAAGGAAGCUGGAAACAGAUACAAAUAGUAUUUUGUGCUAAAUGAUUUUAAUGGUAUGAAAUUGAAUUCUUUGAAUGCUGAUUUUUUCAAUAUGCAGGUAGUCCUCAACUUACAACCACAAUUGAAACUAAAAUUUUUAUUGCUAAGCAAGAGUUGAGUUUGUCCCAUUUCGCAACCUUUCUUGCAACAAUUGUUAAUUGAAUCACUGCAGUUGCUAAGUUAGUAGCAUGAUUAUUAAAUGAAUCUGGCUUUCCCAUUGACUUGCUUGUCAGAAGUUCGCAAAACGGCAUUGCGACAUUGCGAUUGUCAUAAAUAUGAACCAGUUGCCAAGUGUCCACAUUUUGAUCGUGGGGAAGUUGCAACGGUCAUAAGUGUAAAAACGGUCAUAAGUUUUUUUUUCAGUACCAUUGUAACUUUGGUCACUAAACAAAUGGUUAUAAGUCUAGGAAUACCUGUAAUUGCUAUUUAUAUGUUUAUGGACUAUAUUGUUUUCAGUUGCACAGUGCUACUACUUAAUCCGAACUGCAGAAAACUUUCAAGGAAAUGUAAUACCCUUCAGUAUGUUUUUAUCAAUGUAUAUAUAGAAUAAUUGUACUUAAUCUAUGAACAUUUAUUGCACAGUGUAGCCAUAUUCAUUAAUCCAUAAUACUUUCAUAUUGUUUAGUACAGAAUAGGAUUAAUAGUACAGUUGUGAUUCUUUGUCAUCAGGAACAUAGGCAAAUUUAUUUCCUGUUUUAUGUCCUGUGUAUAUUCUCAUGAUAUUUAUUUGUAUAAAUACUUUAUGUGGUAAUAAACUACAUUAUUACAUAAAACUGAGUGGAACCAUUUCAGAUAGCAACUGUAAUACUAAAAUUGAUUAAACAUAUCUGAAAAUGGCAUUUCUUAACAUGCAUCCCAAACAUCAUUAGAUUGGAGCAGUGACAUUCUAACUCAUCUUUCCCGUGCCAGAAAGUGCAUUAAAGGUGAUUGGACUUUUAAUAUUUCAUAGCAUUCUUCAUGAAACUAUUGUGCAAAAAGUGUACUUGCUUUUCAUAUCGAACAACACUGUUUUUCAUUUCUUUUAAUUGUUCAUUGUGUUCUACUGUGAUAGACUGCCAACAUAUGUUAAGAAGCUCCAGUAUAGCCAUGUUGUCUAAUUUAUUGUCAACACACACACACCUCAAAACACACAAUGUACAAUGUAUAUAGUAGAAAUCGCUAUGAUUCAAUAUGUACAAGAUAAGUAUUGUCAAUGUGUUUCAGGUAGAUCCUGCUGCAGAAUAGGGCAAUAUUGCAUCUAUGUAUAAGACAGCUAAGAGUUUCACAUUUUUCACAUACAAAAAUGAGUACUGUAAGUACGGCAGCAGUAGGCAGGAUUCCUAUUUAUGGUCAGCCAAUCUAUAUUAGAGAGGUUGUUGGAGUAAUCUAUCUCAGAGAUAAAGAUAUUUAUUUCCAUAUCUAAUGCCUGGCAUUGCGUAUACAUAUACUGAAUUUCUAAGUGCCAUAGCACCAAGAACUUCAAAACCUCAGCUACAUAUUUCAAGUUCAUUUAGAUCUGAUGCUUAGUUGAAUGUAUGUAUUAAUACAUAUCCUCUGUCUUUAUCUUUUCAAAUGUGCACAGAAUUUGGAAGAUAAUUUGGAUAAGCCCAGUGUACCUUCAUAUGUAUACAAAUGUUCCUAUUUGCAUUUUUCUCCUAUAUAAUUAUUUUCAAGUUUAACAUUUUCUUUUUAAAUAGUAUAUUGAAAUCUAUAAGAUUUUCUUGGAAAUAAAAACAAGGAAAAAAAGUAUGUAUGUGUAUGCUUGUAUAUCACCAUAUUAAGACAGGUUCUAGUUCACCCUCAACCCUGGAAAAUCAUUUGAUAAAGCCAAGCUGUUUUGAGGAAACAUUAGAGGAGGGAAUGCUGUGCAUGUCAUUUUGAACUCCUGAAAGAAUGCAUGCUAUUUCAGGGAUAGCCUAUUAGAUAUUUUGUUUUAGAAUUUCAGUGGUUUGUCAUUGACCAUGUUUAUUGGAAUAGAAUCCAAAAAUAGGUGGAGGAAGCCUGUAAUUAUCUCUAGACUAUCUGAACUAAAUAGUUCUUGGUAAGUUCCAGUUCAUAUUUGAUUCUUAAGCACAUAUUCCUUAAGCACAUAUAGUUUAUAUGUGAAACAGGCAAUAGAUAAAGCUGGUUAAGGAUUCUAUGUACAUUCGUUCAUGUUCGUUAUAUGCACAACCUAAGUAUAAAUUUUAUUCAAAAUUGUUGAAUAAAACAAAUGUGGCAGUGGCAUUUAGACAUUCUUAAUUAAUGUGGCAUUAAUUGCAGUAUAUGAUAGUAUAUGGUAGUUCACGCAAUUAGUGCAUUUUACCAAAGACAGAUGGAUUUAUAUAAGUAAACACCUCAUAAGAAGAACACUUACAGAAUAGAGUUUUGGGAGUAGUAAUAAAAUAAUGAGCUCUAAAGCUUCCAAAUUAAUUUAGAUAUUUUAAGUAGUUCUCUCAGUUUUACAGGACUGAGGAAAAUAUUAUCUCGAUGUAAAUGUACUUCUUAGGUUCCUAGUUCCUCUUAUGUUUAAUUUUUGAGAUACAUUUGCUGUUCUCUUUAUUAUUUUAUAGUCCUGCAUUAUUCUACAGCCUCCCUAUGAUUAUUUGUGUCCCUCCUUCUUUCACAUUUCUUGUAGUUGCACUGCAUUAUAUAAUUCUUUUCAAAGUUACUUUCUAAAUCAGAUGUUGAAAUCCUGAUCAUUAUAUUGGAGCUCUUGUAAUGCUACACCAUAAUCAACGUUCAUUAAAGCUAAAAAGAAAAGGAUAUGAAGCUAAAGAUGUGACCACAAACCUUCCUAAGCAUAGUCCUAAAAAGCAGGUAGUAUUGUGUGCCAUCAUGCAUAAUUAUAUCACAUAUUCCUGGGAUAAGCAGCUAGAACGGGAUCAGGAUCAGCCUUCACUUGAUUGCUACGAGUCUUGAGGAAUGAAGAAGUCAACUGUCAUCAGCCUCCUGGUGUAAUUAAGUUUCUUACGGAGAGAAAAACACCACUCUCCUUCUAGAUGAGACAAGAGCUCUGCACUGAACAAACUGAGGCCAGUUCUUCCUGUGAUGCCCGGCUUGACGUUCUCUGCUUUACCCAGAAAGAUUUAUGCCAUCUCCACCUUCCCUAGUUGGUGGAAGUGCAGGACAGCAGAUUCUUCCCAGACCCUUCUUGAUCAUCAGGAAUCUUGUUCUGAAAUAGAGUGCUCUCUUCCCACUUGUAUUUAGCUUGAGUUUGUAUCUUGCUGGGGUUCUUGCAAACGGGAUUGAUUAUGGAAUCUCAAUGGGUCUCAAAAAAAGGAGCUGAGGGUAUUACUCGAGCGCCUGUGAGUUAGCGGAACAGGGCUAUUGGGCCACAUGAAGUCUAACAUACAAUGUAGGUGAUUCUUUCUGCCUAAACCUAGCGGCAUGGCAUUAAUAGGACAAAAUGUGAAGUCAUAAUCUGCCAUGCGUUUGGAUCUGAUAAAGAGCAUAGGUAGUGAUUGAAACAUUCUCUCUUGUUUGUAAACACAGAUCAAAUGCAGUAGUAUUUUAAAGAGCGUUGAGGUGAUUAAUUCACCUGUUUUGUAAGAGAUGUACAUUUCUAAGUUUAGUUAGGUGGCAUAUCUCCAUUGUAGUGUAUAUCACAUUUUCCUACUCUAUUAUUUGUUAUUUAUUUUGAUAUAUACAGUAAUUAAGCACUGCCCUCUUAUCCCAUUCCUACACAUUUCUUCUAGACUAUGCUGUCUAAGAAUUGCUAUGAGAAAAAUGCUUAUGUAACUUUUUUUCUGUUCACUUUUUAUUUUUCAGAAUAUAUGGGGAAAAAAGCCUUAGGACUUGAAAAUGUUACAAGUGACAUGGUAAUUUAGCCAGUGCCUGAGAAUGAUGGAUUCCCAGAAGAUUGGAAAUGGUUUGCAAGUGACUGAUGUAGGGACAACUGCACUCCACAUGGUGGGGUAUUUGGGAAAAAAUUGUAAUUUUGCUGAAGAAACUCCAGAUGGAUGCUGCCCAGCCUGUAAAAGGAUUGGUUUGAUGCGACAUAUAAGAAAAUACCAUAUCAAUUUUGAAGAAUCUAUUUUUCUGUGUGAAAAUCCACAGUGCAUUUACCCUCUAGGAUCUGCACCACUAAGCACUAUUAUAAUUCCCAGUGAUGCAAAAGGUUAUUCAUCUCAGGGCACUUGUGGGAAAAGAAAGUUAUUCGGCACAAACCUAUUGACCUCUUCUAUUGAACCAUGCUUAAAAUUGAUUAGGACUGAUGACUUGAUGGACACUGAGGAGACAUUCAGAUCUGAUCUUAUUCCCAACUGCGAUGGAAACAAUCUAAUUAGGACUCGGUCAGGGCAGUCUGAUUUUUCAGAAGCCAAGCAGCCAACUUUUUCUGAUGAAGCUGAAUCCAUCAACCAGAAAAUGGGCUUGGGAGCUCAAGAACACUCACCAGAAGUGCUCAGUGUGCAAACACAGCUAUUGUCAGCCCCUGAGAUGGCUCCGUCAGUGUCUCAGGAUCUGCAACAAAGCAAAUCAUCUCUGCGAGAGCCUUUGUCGCUUCAGUGGAGAAAUGCACAGGCUCUCUGCUGGUUAGAUUGUAUUCUGUCAAUACUGGUACAUUUGGAAACAUUAAGAAUUCUGACUGGACUCUCCAAAAACAUGUCGGUAAUCCAGAGCCUGCUCACAAAAUAUAACGAAGCUGCUGCACUUGUGAACACUUGCCAAAGGGAUAAACUUGCUUCGGAAGUUCCUUUGGACGUUUUGUCAAGAGCUGAUUCCCAUUUAAAUGAAAUCAGGAAUACCAUAUUUCUUGAACUUCAGCCAUUGCUUGGCUGUAAAUUUGGGGAGGAAGAAAGUCCAGUUUUUGCUUUUCCAUUACUUCUGCGGAAAGAUAGUCAUAUAGAGAAUCUCUUUCUCCAUUCUUUCUCCUGGAAGUUUGAAUGUUUGCAGUGUGGCUACCACUUCAACAAUAGUUGUCAGCAGGCAAUGACAACGUUUACAAAUAUAAUCGCAGAGUGGCACCCGCUGAACGCUGUUCAUGUUGCUCCCUGUAAUAAGUGUAAUCACACAUCUCAAAGAAGAAAAAUGGUUUUAGAAAAGAUCUCCUCACUUCUGAUGGUGCAUUUUGUUGAAGGCUUGCCACAUAACAAUUUGAUGGCCUAUUCGUUUCGGUUUCAAGAAUAUUUAUAUCAAGUAACAGCUGUGGUUCAAUAUCAGAAGACAAAGCACUUCAUAACCUGGAUCUUGACUUCAGAUGGAAUAUGGCUUGAGUGUGAUGACUUAAAAGGUUCAUUCUCCAGGAGACACCAUAACUUUGGAGUUCCUUCUGCCGAAAUACAUAUUGUCAUUUGGGAAAGAAAGCCGCCACAAAUGACCAACUGUUUGGAUUUACAAGUUGAAGAAACAAUGACAGCACAAUCAAAAACUCCAGUUAAAUACUCUAAUGAGGAAACUGCAGAGAGUGUACCUUUAACUUGUCACAAGGCAGUGGACAUGCUGAACACACAUAUAGAGGAAAUAGAAAACUUAGCAAGCAAUCAGAAAAAUAAUUUGCUUCAUGGCUUGGUCAACUUGUCUGAUGAUGUUGUAACACUGAAUCUUGACUCAGGUGAACAGCUGUUAGAAGAUAGACAUAUAGAAAAUAAGCAGAUAAUCAGAACAGGUUGCAAUCCAUUGCAGUUGAAUGGAUCAGAGUUGGAUCAGAAAGAUAUGUGCCCACUUACCCCUGAAAGAGAUACUCAAAAGAGAAGUGUCGUGUUAGGAAAUACCAAUGCUCUCGUGCAUGAAGAACAGCCAUCUAAUGCGAGUAACCUAGUUACUAUGCCAUCAGUUACGUUAAAUAAUGACAAAAUAAAUUUCUCAUCCGAAAUACUAUUACCACAAGGGGCAGAAACUGCAGUCACCUUAGUUCCAGUAGAAGAGAGCAGCAAUUACCAUCCAAAGAAUCCUCAGGAAAAAACCAGCGAAACAGAAUUGGGAAACACUGCCUUGGGAAUGUCUAAUGUUGUAGAGUUCAGUCAAGAAAUAAAAAUAAAUCCCCACAUUUCUGCUCCAUCUCCCCAAAGUCCUACUGUUCACUCAUCCAGUACAAAUGUAAUUAAACCAUCCGUAGCCAGUUGGGUAAAUGGCUUACUUGGAAAAUAUUCUUCCUUUAUCCCUAAAAGUGUGGUGGUUCCGAAUAAAUCAAGAAACUAUAAAAAAUCAAUGCAAAAAGAAACUAAUUCCGGUUCACUUGUUAGGCAAGCAGGCCACUUCUGUGGUUUCCAAAGUAAAUCUUCACAGAAAAGUAAAGAGGCAACAUUGCAUUCUUCAGGUAGAACUCUUCCAACGUCACCUCUGACUGCUUUUUCUCUUGCAAACAUCCGUGUCAAAAAUCUUGUCCCGGAUAAAAAAGGUGAAGCUGUAACUAAAAGAUCAGCUUCAUUAGAUGCUUUUACUAAGCAAGAUUUGCUGAAAAAUACCCACCAUGAAAAUCAGAAUUUUAUAUCUGUUGAAAAUACUGGGUCAUUUAUUGAUAAAACUCAUCAACUACGCUUAACACUUUUACAGCAGCUUAAGGCUAAAAAAGAGAAAUUAGCUACCUUAGAUAAACUGGUAAAAGCUAAGACAAGACACAAAAACUCUUGCAAGAAAGCUAUCAAGGACCAGACACGAAAACAGAUGGAACCCUUGCAGACUGGCUUGUUAUAUACCCAAGAAAGGCAGAUUGAUGUUUGGGACAGUAAAUCUGUUAAUUCUCAAAGCACUGACAUGUCCCAAUGCAGCAGUUCAAAUUAUGAUGACAUUUUAUCUGAGCUGCUUUUGUCUCCAGCUACAACUGUUGGUUCUUUGGAAUUUCCACAGGAAGAGGAAUGUAGAUAUCUGGAAAUGGGAGGUGACAGCUCAGACAUGCCGAUACCUAGUGACAAAAAUACCAGUUUACAGGCCAUAGAUAAUGACUGUCCUUACUUCAGCCCUGUACAGGAAAAUGGACUUGAAGACCACAGAGACCCAUCAGCGAUCAAAUCGCCUCUGAAGAAAUUCGAUUUUGAAAGUUCUGCAAAACAGGAUCUUUUGGAUGAUCUGUUUUCAUGUUCAAUGAAUUCAAUGACUAACACUGAAGACUUGCAUCACUUUGAUGAAUCGUUGUUAGCUUGGUGAAUUGUGUUUUAACAAUUUCAGUAUUUUCCUUUGGAGAGUAUAAUUUAACAUUCAACCUAAUUUGCACAUGACUUUAUUUAAAAUGAUUGUUUUUUAUGUUUAUAUUCUUAAUAAACUGGGUUUGUUUUUCUGCCUCAAAACCACUAUUCGCUGGAAGAGAUGAGACUGAUUCUUGUACAAAGUGGAAGCGAUAAUGUUUAACACUUUAAAAGCCAUUGUAAUAAAGUAGUAUUCACCUAAGGUUUCUCUCAUCUAUGGCUGAGCUAAAAAAAUGCUCUGCAAGCAUCUCUAAAAAUGUAAAAUACCAUGAUAAUCAUGGUAUGGUAGUUUCAUUUCUGAUAAAUCUCCCUUUUCAAAAGGAGGCCUGCAGGCUAAACUAAAAUUUUUAAAGAAGCCAUUUUAUUUAAAUCAUUUCCUGUAAUCCCCAAUCCUUUGAAAUGUGGUUUUGAAGUAUUAAAGCAACUUCUGAAGUUACAA